AUAUUAUGAACUUCUGUCAAAGUGCGAUUGAUUGUUCAGCCACGUAGUCGAAGGACAGUCAUACACGUAAACCAAGUGAUUUUCAGGUGCAGCUGACGGACUCUGGACCCUGAAGACAAGAAAGAGAGAGAGGGGUAUCCCGUCUAGGCAUGAUCUCAGAAACAUGACUCUAAUCUACGGAGGAUUCCCUUGAUCAUGUGACCACCAUCUGGCCAAUGGGAGAUGAUGACCCCGUCCCACCUUGUGUAGAGGGAGCCCCACCAGUACUCUUAAGUAUCCUCGUAACCUCAAGUUCAUUGUCUCUGUCAAUACUCCAGCCAAGUACUGUAACACCGUCUGCCUGCAUGCAGUAGCUCCCAAACCAGAAGCAGUGCUAGCUAGCGGGAUUAGGGCAGAGCGUGGCGCCGCAAUUAGCGUGAGUCACGUCAAGCACAUUACCUCAUUCAUCAGCUACCGGGUGUACGAAACACUUCCUCACACUAAUUACUGUGUUAAAGCUCUGUAGGAUAAAUAGAGUACUAUCAAAAUUCAAAAGUACUAGCUUUUAAUGGAUUUUCUACAUCAAAUUUGAUUGAUUAUCCAAAAAGGUUGGGUCUUAUGUAAUUUUUUGUUUACAACACUCCAGUUUAAAGCCUUGUAGACAGUGAUGAAUUUUUCAUGACGUUAUUAGGCUGCUACUUGUAGAUUGGAUUAGUGAUAUGUCUAGGAAUUAAGCUACAACCCAUAUCCUGCUGAAUAAAAGAUAGAGGUAGGAAAGGAAAAGAGCCAAGAUACAUCAAAUUCCUGAGAUCAUUAAAUAGUGAUUGAUGGUGCCAGCGGAAAUCCCUGUUGGAUAUUAAGGAAUACAUCCCCGCAGAUACAAAGCUCUGUAGAUCCCACGAUCGUCCUCCUCCCCCGCGAAAAACAUCCUGGAAUCUGCAAUCUUAGUGACUUCUUAGCAUAUUCAGUGGAAGUGUUGCUGAACAAAGCAGUAAAUAAGAGUUGGAAAUACUCCCCCGUCAAAUAGAGCCAAGGGCUAAAGCUCGCUGGAUCCCUCAAUCGUUUCCUCAUCCACAAAGAACAUCCUGGAAUAUGCCAUUCUAGUGACACUUUCGUGUCGUUGCUCAAAGUGUUGUUUAAACAAGGAUAUCAAUUAAAGCAGGGAGCAAGCUGAUACAAAGGAAUAAUUCUCAAAAAAUACAGAAAGGACUCAAAGGAGCAUACUUGAUCACUGUCCUCCCCCCGUAAAGAACAUCCUGGAAUAUGCAAUCCUAGCGACGUCUUCGCGUCAUCCUAGGAAGUGUCAUCUGAAGCAGCUUGAACGACCUGACAGCGUGAGUGAUCAUCUGUUGAGGAACCAUGGCUAGGAGGCUUGUGUAUUGUAAGGUGGUGCUGGCCACCUCCAUGGUCUGGUUUCUAUUGGAUGUCAUGCUGAUUAUGUACUAUAGUGAAUGCAAUGGUGAUGCAAGGUGUAACAACCAGGCCUUAGACCACGGUGUGCCCAGAGAAAUAGAGGGAGGGCAUGAACACGCCCCUCCCAAGCACCCACCUGCCAAGCCUCGGCACGACCCCAAUGGGCCGGGAGAGAUGGGUAAAGCUGUCAUCAUACCCCAGGACAAGGAAUCGCUCAAAAACGAGAUGUUUAGGAUCAAUCAGUUCAAUUUGUUAGCCAGUGAUAUGAUCUCAAUCAACCGAACACUGCCUGAUGUACGCAUGGAUGGGUGUAAGCGAAAGAGCUACCCUCCCGUCUCGGAGCUACCCAGUACCAGCAUCGUCAUCGUCUUUCACAACGAAGCGUGGAGCACCCUAUUACGGAGCAUCCACAGUAUCAUCAACCGCUCGCCGAGGGAACUCCUCACCGAGAUAAUACUUGUUGACGACGCCAGCGAAAGAGAUUUUCUUGGGCAACAGCUAGAUGAUUAUGUCAAGAGGUUACAGGUUCCCGUCCACGUGGAGCGGAUGGGAACGAGGAGUGGUCUGAUCAGGGCGCGGCUGAGAGGGGCGUCGGUAGCCAAGGGUCAAGUGUUGACCUUUCUGGACGCCCAUAUAGAAUGCACGGAGGGAUGGUUAGAACCACUCAUGACCAGGAUAAAGGAUGACAAGAGAAACGUAGUCUGUCCAAUCAUUGAUGUUAUCAGUGAUGAUAACUUUGCCUUCCAUACUGGUUCUGAUAUGACGUACGGUGGUUUCAAUUGGAAGCUACAGUUCCGCUGGUAUCCUGUGCCGCAGAGAGAGGCUGAUAGAAGAGGAGGUGACAGGACAAUCCCUCUCAGAUCGCCCACAAUGGCAGGAGGCUUGUUCUCCAUCGACAAAACCUAUUUUGAGGAGAUUGGAACAUACGAUGCAGGAAUGGAUGUCUGGGGUGGCGAAAACCUUGAAAUUUCAUUUAGGAUAUGGAUGUGUGGAGGAACCUUAGAGAUCGUCACUUGCUCACAUGUUGGUCAUGUCUUCAGAAAGUCCACACCAUACACGUUCCCGGGCGGGACGGGGCGGAUCAUCAAUCGGAAUAACCAGAGAUUAGCUGAAGUCUGGAUGGAUGAUUUUAGACAUUUCUAUUACAGAAUAUCACCAGGUGUGAGGAAAACAGAAUUUGGUGACGUUAGCCAAAGGAAAAAGCUCCGAGAUAGAUUAAAGUGUCACACGUUUGAGUGGUACCUAGAAAAUAUAUAUCCAGAGUCCCAGUUCAGAUUGGACUUUAAAACUAUAGGAGAGAUUCGUAAUAUAGAGACUCACAAGUGCCUAGAUAAUAUGGGGAGGAAGGAGAACGAGAAAGUGGGCAUCUUUUCUUGCCACGGCCAAGGCGGCAACCAGCCAGUUACAGUACCCAUGGAGCUAAUACGCUUCUAUAAUACAGCGAUAUUUGCCCUUACUAAACAGAAUGAGAUCAAGCACGAUGAUCUAUGUCUAGAUGCCUCGGCUAACUCUCAUUAUAAAGACGUUGUGAUGAUUAAAUGCCAUGGAAAACAUGGCAACCAGGAGUGGCUUUACAAAGAAGAUGCCAAAACUUUUGUCCACAGUCCCAGUGGUCUGUGUUUAGAGAAAGCAAGUGGUGGCAAGGACACGCCUACCGUAGCCAAAUGCAACGGGUCGUCAGGGCAACAGUGGGACUUGAUUGACAUCUCCAUGACAUCGGGACGGUAGCCAGGCCCACUUUCAGCUCCUGGAAUGAGUUGAACGAACUCUCUUGCCUUCGAGGAACAAUCUAAUGUCUGAUUACUCCAAUGACUACAGAAACCAAGUGAUGUUUGUACUAAGCCUAUGGAAAUAAGAGAACACAGUGGUCCAUAGGUUAAUGUGAUUCCUAUCGAUAAAAUCCGCCCACCCAAAUCUCGAGGAGAUGGGUUUUUUUUUUCUUUCUUUCUCAGGAUAGAUUUGAGGAAAGUAAGAGGGAGUAACUAAAAAAUCUAUUGCGUAGAUUACUGAAGCUUAGUUACUACAUCAGAUGGUAAAUGAAAUGAAGGGAGAGUCUUGAAAUGUUAGCUUUAAUCACUGGUUAUGUCAGCUCUCUGAAUGGUUCGAUUAUCUAUCACUGUCCAUGGUUUUUUUAUGCCAAUUUCAUUACCGUCUUUAGCUCUUCAAUAUUUUAAUGAUCAUUGUCUUCACAACCAUGUUUGAUUACUUUUCGGCCUAUUUUCAUCAUCAUCAUUAUCAAUUUUGAUCAUUGCCAACAUCAGUGACAUACCAAUGUUAUGUUUUCCAACGUUGUUUGUCAUGAGCAACAUCGUUCCAUCGCCACUAUCAUCAUCCUCUUGCUUUAUCAUCUGAAUACCAAUACUUGGAGAUUGGGAAACUGAAUCUUAGAGAAUGGUGGUGAAGAAGCAAUGAAAAUCUGCAACAUAUGCAGUUAAGUAUCUCUGUUUGAUUCAGCAAAGAUGGCAUCGAUGGUAUCUUCAUCUCUUAAGGGCCCUGCUUCAUCUACCGGUAACCUGUUAUCAAUAUAGAAGAUAUAAUGAUUUAUGUCAUCUUCUGGAAUCAUUGCAUUUCAUUGGCCAUUGGUUGAAUAUGUUUUAGAAUUGUCGCAGCUGUCAUUGAUGAAACUAAUGAAACGGACCAGAAGUAGAGCAAGUGACAGAAUCUAAGACAACGAGCACUGCAUCAGCACUAUCACACUAGAUGAUGUGUCAAGCAAACUUGUCAACUUGCAUCAUGCAUCAUGAAUGUCAAACAUUGCAAAUGAGCAACUCCAUUCUAUUAAUAGUCUGUUAUUUGUACUAUUUCAUGAUUCAGCAAAGACAUAAAGGAUGGCAUUGACACUCAAGAAACAAGCAACAGAAUCUUAAAGAGAAGGUUGAGUUCUGGGAAGAGGUGAAAAAUUAUUUGUGAUUGUUAUCAUUGUUAUUAUGCAAGGGUGGAAGAAC